AACAUUUAUGUAUCACAUGAAUCCUGUACAUAGGGCCUACAACAGGAUACCAACUUGUCUUGUGGAUUGGAGUGCUGUGAUAUAAAUCAAUAUUUAAGACCAUCCAUUGGCAUUUAGGCCUACUGUACAACCUAGGAAGAGCUGGGAUUGAUUUCAAUAAUUCUAAAUAAAAAAAUUCCAGGCCUUGGCUUACAUAAGCAAAACAGGACGAUUUGGCUGUUGGUCGAUUUGUUCAUCACUUCCGGUGCCGUUCAACAUGGCAAGUGUGGAAGAGAAUUUCUUUGAGGGGACAGAAAAACUGUUGGAAGUUUGGUUCGGAUUCAAGACAGAUGCAACAAACGGUGAUCUUAGGAUUAUUCCAAGAUGUGAAUGGGAAGAAUUGUUGAAACUGGCCAAAUGUGAAAUAAUCAGCUACUGUAAGAAUGAAGAUAUGGAUGCUUAUGUUCUGAGUGAGAGUAGUAUGUUUGUGACUAAAGAUAAAUUUAUAUUAAAAACAUGUGGUACAACAACACUUCUACAGACCAUUAAACCUUUAAUACAACUAGUUGAUUCCCAAUGUGGUAUUAGAGAGAUACUGGAUAUAUUCUACUCAAGAAAGAAUUUUUCUCGUCCUGAACUGCAGAUUGGAGUCCAUCAAAAUUUUGUUGAUGAGGUCGGUCAUCUAGAUAAACAGUUUCGAGAUGGUGCAGCCUAUACUUUAGGACGGAUGAACAAAGAUUGCUGGUAUCUGUAUACACUAGAUAAACAUGGUGUAACUCAACCCGAUCAAACUUUUGAAUUAUUGAUGUGGGAUAUGUGUGAUAAUAGAAUGAAGAUUUUUACUAAAGAAUUCAGUGAAAGUGGAGCUGAUGCUACUAAGAAAUCUGGUAUUUGUAAUAUUAUACCAGGAGCUAAGAUAGAUGAUGUUUUAUUUGAACCAUGUGGUUAUUCUAUGAAUGGUUUAUUACCUGAUGGUUAUUACUUCACUAUCCAUGUAACACCAGAGAGUCACUGUAGCUAUGUUAGUUUUGAGAGUAACGUACCAAGGGAGUCAUAUGAUGAGCUGAUUAAGAAAGUACUGAAUAUUUUUUGCCCAAGAAAAUUUCUGAUGACUGUAUUUGCUAACCGGGUAAGAUAUUUCAAUUUUAGAAUAUCAAAAUUUAGAGUGUAUAGAAUCAGUUUGAUACAGGAUCAUCAAUUCUGUAAUUUUAAGAAUUACAACCUAACCUACACUUUAUUUAGUCGUCCUAUUCUAUGA